CAGCUGCCGCCGGUGGGGCCUCCCGGGGGACCCUCCCGGGGACCCGCCCGGCCCGUGUUGGCGGAGCAGCGGGCGGUGCCGCCGCCCAGAGGCGGAAGUGGCGGCGCCGAGGCCGGGCGGCGGCGGUGGCACAAGGGUGCUGAAGAUGGCGGGCAGCUCCGCUCCUUGGAUCGGCAGCGCUUAUCUCUUCCUCCAGUCGACGUGCAAGACCAUCGUUCUGCCAUCUCUCUACGAAAGCUCCCAGAAGAAGCCUAGUGUGUUCAAAGCGCUGAAGCUGGCAUUAGCAGACUCCACCGGCAGCGUGAAUGGUGUGGACAUGCUCAAAGUGCACUGCAGCCACCCGCACCUGAUAGUCCAGCUCAAGUUCUGCAAGCAGGAGAACUGCCGCCGGUUCCUGCAGAGUUACCGGGAAGGAGCGCUCCAGGAGUCCCUCCAGAAUCACCUCCAGCUCUCCUUGGCCAUGACCACGGUACCUCUCGAAAUGGAGCUGAAGGCUGGCAACGAGCACCUUGACAACAUGCUGAAGGAUGAGGAUCGCUGCUUGGAGUGCAUCUACAGAGAAAAGCCUGACCGCCUGCGGGAUGAGGAAAUCACAGAGCUGGAGGAAUGCCUCAAGAGCCUGUUUGUUCACCAGAGCAUCAGCAACAACAUGGCCGUAAACGACUGCGCGUCCCUGAACUCUCCAUCUCUACCUUACCCUUCUCAAGGCAGCUCCCUUUCCCCGCAAGUCACCUUCAUCUUUCAGGGACAACAGUUCGCCAACAGAACGCUCACACCAGACGACCACCAGAAAUUCGCCAAGCUCGUGUCCAAGAAAUGGAAGCAAGUGGGUCGCUCUUUGCAGAAGAGCUGCCGGGCCCUGCGUGAUCCUGUCAUCGAUAACCUGGCCCUCGAAUAUGACCGAGAGGGACUAUACGAACAAGCCUAUCAGCUGCUUCUCAGAUUUAUCCAGUCGGAGGGGAAGAAGGCCACGAUAGCGCGGCUGAUUGCAGCCCUGGAAGAAAACAGUCUCAUCAGCUUGGCUGAGGAGCUCUUGGGCCUCCAUUCCACCGAGGACUGCUCCUAGAGCCCGAAGGAUAGUGGCAUUGCUAAGGGCUUUCUUGCUUUAGCUAGUGUAUGAGACUGCUGCCAGUGUCUGGGAAUGUAAAGUCCUGAAUAUCACCGCAGGUUUCUGUGUAGAUGGGAAUUCCCGGGGGAGAGGUUCUGUGCUCGCAGAAGCCAGCACGGAUCUCUGACGUUCCUUAUUUCAUUCCGUUUCCAGAAGUCAACGUUACCUUCCUGUGAGCUGGUGAGAGAGGCUUUUGGCCUGACGUCCUUCAGGACUGAAACGUCACAGGGAAGCAGCCAGACAGUUAGAGAGCCCUAGGGGAGGGUGGGGGAGAGGAGAAAAGCCAGGAAGGCAUCUCAGACAGUUUCUCUGGGAAGCAGACAACGCCACGGUUUCUCAGGCUGUGACCCGGGGCCAUCACCUGGAGAGCUGCAAUAUAUUUUUUUAUGUUCAAGACAUUUAUGCCCUCAGACAUCAAGCAAAGACAGAGGGGAAAUUAAGUAAAAGUCAAUUUUAUGUUAUUUUCCUUCUUUGUUCUUCAGAUGAAGAACAUCUGUGGCAAGUGCAUCUGUCCUGCCCUACCCUGGUAUAGCUCCUUCCCACCUCUCACCACCUGCAGGUUUCCCUUUUACCUGGCACAGUCAUCAUCUUCCACAGAGCACAAGAUUGCUGCUGUAGAACAAAUUUCAGGCACUGAACAAGCAAUACGGACAAACACAAAUUCAGAGAACGAUUCCCAACUUUUUCUGGACCGUGACGGACAAUAAUAUUGUGGACCACAUUGCGCUUAGCUCUUUCCCACCAACGCGAGGGAGCCUGCGUCCGCAAAAAGCAAAACACAGCGCUGGAAAGAAAAUAGUCUCCUAGUCAGCAAGUUACCUGUGGAACUGCUGCUCUAAGGUGUGUCGCAGCACCAAAUGCCAUCCUGACCCCAGCCCACAGAGCUCCGACCGGCUGGCUGCUGCUCCCUCCUUAACCACCCGCCCUCGGCCCGCUGAGUUCACCCGAGAGGAUAGCUCACACCGUCGUGUCUCACGAGAGUCGGGAUUUGCACAGAGCCUUUCCCUGGCGGUGGUGUCGCUGUGUGACAAUUGGGCAUCAGCUGCUGUGCCUGGAUUUACCUGCCCUGAUUCUGAGGGUUCAAAGUGGCUUAAAGGACAAAGCACCCACAGCCAGGGCUGAGUUGUGCCUUCGGUUCUGGGGGGAGAAGCCGACUCUCUCCUGGAAUGGUUGAUGCAGGCUGCAACAGAGCGGAGUUCACACCUUUGCCCGUAACAAAUCACAGAGCAACAAGUAUCUAGCAUGCCACGCGUCCCGUGAAGCACAACAGCUCGAUUACCUUCACGUAUUCCCUACGCCGUCCCGAUAUGUUUUUACUUAUCCUUUUCCAUUAAUUCUACCCCUCUUUGCCCUUCCCAUCCGUGGGAAUAGCCAGCGGGCCUUGGAAACGAAGCCUGUGUGCACACACGAAUAUCGGGCUGCUGGCAGUCAUGGUAGGACCAGCUUUCAGAUAGGCAAGCCCUGAUGGUCUUCUGAACCACAACUCACAACACACUUCGCCGGAGUCAGAGCCGUCAGUCGGUAAGGAGGAACGCAGCCUUGGAGUUAGGUGUGGGCUCAGAUCUGAGCUCCUGGGGAUGGUGACGCUCACUUCGCUUCUGCUAAAACGCAGCUAAGUGAAGAGCUGGGUGAGCAGGAUUUAGAUGGCCAGCUUCUACCCGGUUGGGGUCCACAUGCCUCAGAUGAGCUGAGCAUCAUGUUCCUCCACGUAAGCCUGAGGAACCUGGCAAUUUUCUGUAGAUUUUCAAUCCCUGAGGUUACAUACACGGCGUGGAAAGGAGAUGGAGGGGGUCAAAGACAGGGAGAAUGUUUUCAGGGUGUGAGUGAAUCUGUUUCCAUCCUGCCCUUAGCUUCAAAGGAAGCAGAACUUCAUGUGGGCACCAUCUCUACAAAGGCUGCACCUCCGUGGCAUUUUAUUAAACCAUUCAGCAUCGGUGCUGUUGCAGUCUGAUCCCCCCCAUUCCUGCUCCAUGCCUGACCCUCUCCCUUCCCAGUGCUCUUCCCGAAAGAGGCAAUUACCGCUCUGACAGUUUUGCUUUUGGGACCAGCACAGCGAUGCUGGUGUUAGUUAACUUAGGCUGCUGCAGAACCAUACCUCAAAGCAUUUACCUUUCCUGCCAAAUCCCAACUGGGGAACUCUGGCAACAACCCACCUGGCAAAAUGGUAUUAAAAAACAAAACCAAAAACAACCCAAACAAAAAACACAUCAGAAACUUGAAAAUUACUUUAACAGCAAGAGAGUUUGCUCUUGAUUUUGCAAAAAUGAUUUUUUUUUUUUUUUUUUUUUUUUUAGAAAACAACAUGUAUAGCCUGCUGUCUCAUUUGUAACGAAUAUUUCUAAGCUCUCAGACUAGCUCUUCAUGUGCACAACUUCUCUAUAGCAGUUACGAGGCAGCCGCUCGGGGAGAACUGCUAGCUUUUACAGCAGCUGUUAAUGCUCAAAAUGAGAAAGGCUUAUUAUUCAGCAUCUACUUCAAGUCCAAAAAACUUCUUUGCUGCUGUUACUGUAUUACAGAGGACUAAGCAUGAAUACGCCUUUUUUUUUUUUUUUUUCUUCUUAAUGCAACCCUUGUGCAUUUUAUUCCUCUGCCAGCAAUUGGCAUAUGUGUUUCCUCUUACUCACAGAUUCCCUCUCAAAAGUGCCAUUAAGUGCUGGAGCUCCUGGCAACCUUUCUGGAACAUCAUCAUCUUUAACAGCAUUCACAGGUGCCUUCAUUGCAGAGACUCAGAGGAAAAGGGUUUUCCAGUGAUAUUCCACGGCGGAAUCGCCUUGAGCACAUGGCAUGGUUUGGGACCAUAGCAGUGGCUGUUUCAUACCUUCUUUUCUGUGAUCAGUCAUCCUCAUCGUUAGAUGCAAUGAAAACUCAAUUCUGGUCUCCAGUGGACUCCUUCCUGCUAAAAGAGUAGGGUUUUGUAUUAUCUGGCACAAACACAGAGACAAUUUUCACAGAAGCCUUAAAAUGAAACAGAUCAAUUGGAUCCUGAGCACCCGAUGCCAUUUGCAGUGGGUUUUGGCUGGGGCUUGACUCUAUGAAUUUACUUCUGGUUUACCCAGAAGAUUUUUACAGCGGUUUUACACCAGCGUGCAGAGACAAGGGAACUUGCAUCACACAGGGAAGGAAGAAGCACUCGCAAAGGCAAAAAAAAAAAAAAAACCCAUUAGCAGCGAUUUGUUGAAGAAAUUAGAGGCUUGUCUUUACCUCGGAUAGUAAGGCAAUGAGCAGAAGUGAAACAAGAGCCCGACAUUGGGGAUACUUGCUGAUGCACCAGAAAAUCGAGCUGGAUGCUCGACCACGGGCUGUAAGAAGCCCCCUCGGUGACUGCCUGGCUGUCACGCUGCUGGAAGAGGAGCACGCUCCUGCUUUCUUCCUUGCCUGUGCGAAGUUACACACGUACUGCACCUACGCAGCUGCCAGACAUGCAAACGACACUCCCUUACUACUAUUUCUACCGAUUAACGUCUAGCGUGUGAGAUAAGCCAUGGGCAGUGUUGGUGCUGGUGAAUUUGGCCUUAUCCUGUAACAGCUCUUCUCUAUGUACCGACGUACGUCUGGACAGAUACAUAUUUUGGGGGAAGUGGUGGUUUUUUCACAAUCAAACAUGCAGCAAACCAGCACACGAUAUUAAAAGCAAAUAAAGAGGCUAAUCUGUUGCAUAUAAAGAAAUUAAAGUAUAAAACAAACGGCAGAAACCGGGCCAAAAUGUGCUUGCAGGAAGGGAUCCAAGAGGGCUUUUUUUGCGGUACAGAUUGUUUUUGUAGUUUUAGCGAUGUUUCAGAUUUGAAGGAGGCUCCUUUCAGUCUGCCAGAAGGAAUAAAAGAUCCAUCCAAAGGAGAAGUUGAAUGAUUUGUUUUGGCAUAGCCGAGCUACGGUGUUCAAACGGAUAACAACAAAGAGGAGAGUGAAAAUUAAAACACUCACCAGGUACACUUUGACGUGAGGCGUCUGAGAGAAGUAAACCCGAGAGUAUACCCCAAUAUAAAAUUGUCUACGAAGGAAAAUACCGAACCGUCCUGGAGGGCAGAGUCAGUGAAAGGCCGACACGAACCCUCUUAGCUGCCUGUUAAAAAACGCGCCAUAGUUUAAUUCACCUGCCGCCGCACCAUCACGGCAGGCAGGGAAGGUGCUCUCUUCCAGCAGCUUCGGUCCUCACGUGCCACGACUGCUUCCAGCGGACCCGUUUGUCAGGUGAAAACUCUGCUUGACUCACAAGUAAGGAAAGGGUUCAGCGUUAGUGGUCGGAAGCGUUUAAAAAUCACGAGCCAGACCUUAAAGAAAUCAUAACAUUUUCUUCCAGAUUUUCACAGCAAGUCAAAUUUAAAACAAAUGUCAAGUAACAGCUCGCAGCAAGGCUUUCCAGGUUUCCAUUUUCAGCCCCUACCAUUGAAGGGACGGGUAUCUGGAUUAUUUUUAAUGCAGAAUGGGGUGCUGAUGUCACAGCACUGCAGGUGACAGAGCUUUAGGAAAAAAAUGAGGGCCUCCAGGUAAAAUGGUCUCAGAACGGUAUCCGUUUCAAAAUUUGGGGGAAGCUGAGGCAGAAAACAGGAUAUACUUUGCACCACUGUCAAGAUGGGAGAACGUAAGGCCAAAAAGCGUGCAGGCUUAGAGAAGCUACUUGUUCAGAGAAGCCGUAGGUGCUUGGUGCAGGCACUGCUCCAGACAGAGGUCUUUUCCCAGUGUGAGGAAAUGGUGGGGUUUUUCCUUACCUCUUAAUUCUGCCAUUUAUUUCAAAAUCUGCUUUGGCACUGCGUACCCGAAAUCAGUGAGCUAUGCUGCUUUACACCGGACAAGGGUCUGGCCAUUUGUCUUUUGUACAGAGAUGGGCUCAAAUGCAAUUUAAGGCCUAGAGUCAAAAAUUAUAUGUAUUUUUUCUCAUCUGGAUUGAUUUUUAAAGCCACUGAAAGGAUUUGGCCAUACAUCUCUAACUGAAAUCCGUCGGAGAUGUGUGGUUAAGUUUCUUAGUCAUCAGUGGAAAAAUCCCUUGCUGACCUUCUAAUUUCAAACUUCCGUGAUACUCAGCAUCAGAUCUGGAUCAGCCUUCUACAGCUAUGGACUGCAAUGCCAUGGAUACUCAGGUCUAGGACAUUCAACCUCCAAGGAAUUGUCUUUUACAGGGGAAAAAAAAAAAA